AUGCAACACGAAACAGGUCGCACUUCAUUUAAUCAUUACUUUUGCAUUCUAUGUAUCGAUAUGCAAAUAGACAUUCAUCGACCUGAAUACAUCCAUAUUAUGUUACCAUCUCAGAAACGGACAGAAUUUGGUUGUUUCGUUUUUGCUUCUCACAACCCGUAUGAUUCUUGGAAUAUCUGA